AAGACCCCAAGCACCUACACUGCCUUUCAAACUCUUUUUUUUCGUGUGUGUGUGAAAAAAAAUCAACUACCUUCCUUCUUGUUACUCUUUCCUGGACUUGUGCUGGGUGUGCGGGUCUGGGACCGGUGACCUGGGUCCUGGAAGAGAACCGUGCCCUGCCGAACAAUGAAUAAUUGUGUUCUCCUGGAAGAGCAGCUGAUCAAAAAAUCCCAGCAGAAGAGAAGGACCUCUCCCUCCAACUUUAAAGUGCGCUUCUUUGUUUUAACCAAAUCCAAGCUGGCUUACUUUGAGCAUCGCCAUGGGAAAAAAAGAACUUUGAAGGGCUCCAUUGAACUGUCCAGGAUCAAAUGUGUUGAAAUUGUGAAAAGUGACAUCACAAUUCCCUGUAACUAUAAAUAUCCUUUCCAGAUUCUUCAUGACAACUACCUGCUGUAUGUGUUUGCACCCGAUCGAGAGAGCCGGCAAAGAUGGGUGUUUACUCUGAAAGAAGAAACCAGGAACAACAACAAUUUGGUGCCGAAGUAUCAUCCAAAUUUUUGGAUAGAUGGGAGAUGGAGAUGCUGUGCCCAGACAGAGAAGCUGGCAGCCGGAUGUAUAGAAUAUGACCCCACCAAGAACGCCUCCAAGAAGCCUCUUCCUCCCACUCCUGAAGAUAACUGGAGGCUGUUGCUAGACCCCAAGGAUGCUUUAGUAAUGGCCAUAUAUGACUACAAGGCUCAGAAUCCCCAGGAGUUGACCUUACAGCGCGGUGAGGAGUACUACGUUAUUGACAACUCUGAGGAUCAUUGGUGGAUGGUUCAGGAUAAGAAUGGGCACGAAGGAUAUGUACCAAGCAGUUACCUGGUGGAAAAAUCACCAGACAACCUGCAAAUAUACGAAUGGUAUAAUAAGAAUAUCAGCAGAAACAAAGCAGAAGCACUCCUCAAAGAUGAGGGUAAGGAAGGUGCGUUCAUGGUGAGAGAUUCGAGGCAGCCUGGCAUGUACACGGUCUCCGUUUUCACCAAGGCCUUAAGCAACGACAGCACCCCAGUUAUCAAGCAUUAUCACAUCAAAGAGACUGAUGAGAACCCCAAGCGGUAUUACUUGGCAGAAAAGCACGUCUUCGACUCCAUCCCCGAACUCAUCAACUAUCACCAGCACAACGCAGCCGGUCUCGUCACUCGUUUGCGGUAUGCUGUUUGUUCCUGGAGAGAAAAGGCCCCUAUCACUGCAGGACUGAGCUAUGGAAAAUGGGUCAUAAAUCCUUGGGAGCUAACAUUUGUGCAGGAGAUUGGCAGCGGUCAGUUUGGGCUGGUCCAUCUUGGCUACUGGCUUGAGCAGACUAAAGUUGCUAUAAAGACCAUUCGCGAAGGAGCAAUGUCAGAAGAGGACUUUAUUGAGGAGGCCCAAGUCAUGAUGAAGCUGUCUCAUCCCAAGUUAGUCCAGCUGUAUGGCGUGUGCAUGGAACAGGCCCCCAUAUGUCUGGUGUUUGAGUUCAUGGAGCAUGGCUGUUUGUCGGAUUACCUCAGAAACCAGAGGGGCAGCUUUUCCAAGGAAACCCUCUUGGGGAUGUGCCAAGACGUGUGCGAAGGGAUGGCUUAUCUGGAGCAGGAUUCUGUCAUUCACAGAGACCUGGCAGCUCGGAAUUGUUUGGUAGGAGAAUCCCAAGUCGUCAAAGUGUCGGAUUUUGGAAUGUCGAGGUAUGUCCUUGAUGAUCAGUACACGAGCUCCACAGGCACCAAGUUCCCGGUCAAAUGGUCUGCCCCAGAGGUUUUCUCCUACUCCAACUACAGCACCAAGUCUGAUGUCUGGUCAUUCGGAGUGUUGAUGUGGGAGGUCUUCAGUGAAGGCAAAAUCCCGUACGAAAGCCGGACCAACGCAGAGGUGGUGGAAGAAAUCAAUGCAGGCCUCCGGCUAUAUAAACCCAAGCUGGCCUCCAAGGCCAUCUAUGAGCUCAUGAGCAGCUGUUGGAAUGCGAGGAAAGAAGACCGACCCCCCUUCUCUACCCUGCUCUAUCAGCUGAGUGAGAUCUCUGAAUUUGAUCUUUAAUCAGGACACCGGCUCACUGAGUGAAGCCGACCAAGAAGCUGGAGUGGGCAGACUCCUACCCAAAGCAUUAACAAAAUCCUUCCUACCAGAGAUAAUGGUACUAGCUAGAUUGGGGCAGAGACCUGAACUUCCAGCCAGACCAAUCCUUUUAACGAGCUCCAUGUUGAGAAGAUGGAGACAGCCAUUUGGUUUAAGACUCUCACAAACCAGCCCAGUGGUUUAGCGAAGAUCCCAGAGCCAGCCAACCCAACAGGCCAAUUUCUCAUGAGGAUAAUAAGGAUCAGUGUGUCGCCUCAGAGCUCAGGUAUCUGGCAUUGUGAUUUUAACCCUGGAAGCACCCAAAUGAAAGGAAACUUUCACCUGCCCUGAGAAAAGUGUUUCCAUCACUGACAAGGAGAGCUCUAUGUAAGAUAUUACCUUACCCACCUUGUCUCUCUAAGAACCAUUCAGAUGCUUCUGAACUUGCCUGUGUUACAGUCAGUCUGGAGCGGAAAGGGAUGGAUGGAUUAACUGGGACCAGGACACACAGAUCUGACAGGUGUUCUGGCUGGGCUUAGCCAUUGCAUCCUGUACGUUAAAGGGUUAAGACAGUGUUGUCGUCUCUUAGCAUGAUUCACUCUGCAGCUCUGGAGUAUGGGAUGUAGGAUACUGGAGAGUGUAAAGUAGAAGGGAGUGUCCAAGUAAUAGGAACAUAAUACCUGAGAAAACUGUGAAAGAAACUGCAAGGUCUCUUAAAUAUGUUAUAUUGUUAGUGGGGGGGAAAUACAAAUAAAACUACACAUGCAGACUUUCUGGUGCAGAUGGGGAUGUUUGUGGGGAAAAACAAAGCUGAAGAAUGUGUGUGUCAAAACUCUCAUCAAGACUUCUACAUAAGAAGAAAAAAAUGGCCUCCAAAGAUCUCUUUCAGCUUGAACACCAAGGGACAACUUGGCAACGUACUAGGCGGAUCACGUCUGGGGCAGGCGAGGGGAGGGAGCUCAGAGUCUCGUCAUCCAAGGUGAAAGGCUCCUUUCUAGAGCUACACAGGAACGGGUGUGUUUUCUGACAAGAGGUGGACAGCAAGAGAGAAAGCGCUGGGUGGGAAUGCAACAGUCACCAGUGAUACAUGUUCUCAGCUGGGUGACAAGGUUCAGUGGAGGAGGCAGGGAGGCACACGCAGAGAGAUGAAACGCUGCAGAGACGUUCAGGUGCUCAGUGCACUUGUGAUAAUAAAAUGAGAGACCUGCCCUCCUCCCCACUCAGAAAAGCAACGGAUCCACCCAAAACAAAGACCUCUUUACCUCUUCUGUGGACAGAAUUAUUGAGCCUUCUGGACACUUUUAAAAUCAGUGGAUUUAAACAGGUGUAACUGAGACCAGACUCUGUCCCAUACAGCAUAUACAGCCACCGACACUAUGAUUUGCCUAGUAGUGUGGAAAACGUUGGCCUGUAUUUUAUAACCCAAGCUCCUACUUGAAUUGGAUGGACCGGGUAUUUCAUAUUGUGUUAGUCACGGUGUAGGAGUAUUAGAAGAAGCUUUUGUUAAUCCCCAGGAUUGCUAAAUACAAUCUGGGAGUUUUUGCUAAGCAUUAGGAAUAACAGGAAGGGUCUUGAAGGAGCAGGAUAUAAUGUGUAUAUAUAUAUAUCUAUUUUUAAUGUUACUCUGUUCAGUUCUUUAUUAGCCACUAGGUCCUGUACAGAUGUAUUCUAGGCACUGCUCCUAGCUUAUUCAUCUCCCGCGUUUGAUUUUGUUCUGCAUUAAUUUCUUAGCUAUACACACGUGAAACUUCAUCAUGAAACGUUUUCCCAGGCAGGCCAUCCUCAUAUACAAACCAGAGACGGGUCUGACCCAGCACCUUGGAUCCGAACGCCACCAAAAGGUGGGGGUGUUUGGCUCCAGAUCCAAACUCCACUACUGUCCCUGUCUGUUUGAUAGUCUGAACCAAAACUUGGGACAUGAACAGCCACAAAUAGAAUUAUGCACUGUCUUGAAUUCCAUCCGAUUUCUCUUUGGUCCUCCCCGCUAGUUUCAGUUCACCCACUGCCAUGUUCCUGUGGUACCAAAUCUGCCCUAUAGUCACUGCCCUGAAUAGGAUGCCAUGUGGAACUGCACCUUGGGGAGCUCACGGGGGAAUUGUAAGCAGCCCAGGGCACAUGGGACUGCAUCAUUUGUGACUGGCGUGGGGGGUACUUGGCCAUGACCCUGUCUCCUCCCCUCCCCAACCCUUUACCCACAGUGGGGCACCGAAGCGGUUCUUCCCCGAGCACGAGGACUGUAAUUGUGGCAGGGUGUUCAAAGGUAAACUCCUUGCACAUUAGUCCCGCAUGGAAGGGACCAUCACAGUGUGGGGCCCCCCAAGUCCUGAGCAGGGUGCUAAUGUGUUUGUAACUGUAAUAUUGCCCCUCUGGGUAAUGCCUUUAAGACAGUAUUUAUUCUUGGAUGAGGUAAAGGAAAUAUUUAUUAGUUACAAUCUAUUGCACUAAAUAAUACUGUUAAAUGUAAUGUUCAGAUCUUCUUGAAUAGGAAUUCUUUGUGUACAGAGUAUAUAUUUUUUACAGUCAAUAAAGUGGUCAUAUAACAAAUUCUGUGCUCAGAUGGGAGCUGCAGAAGAGUGACUCGCCCCCUUGUGGCGAGGCCUGAUGGAGCAGGCUAUCCUGCUCUGGUGCCCCCUGCUGGCAGCCGCUCUUGGCCCUGUGGUGGUCCGCUUCUUCUCGUGACUUGGCCCGCCGGGAAGGUCACAUUCAGUCGCACGGUCAAAAGCCCAGUGACCCUACCCCAAGUCUCCUGCCUCUAAGUCUAGGCCCAGU